CCAAGAUGGGUGAAGUUGCAGCGCUUGAGUUUUAAUUCCUCUAACAGUCCAGAAGCGAAAACUGCUUAGGCAAGGCUCUGAAAGACGCUCCUGGGCUAGGGCUGUUCUAAGAAGGUGCCUCACCUUACCGUAAGCCUCCCCAGGUUGGGAACAGGCUAUUGUAGCAAGCGCCGUAGCAUGCUUUUACCAACUUCCCAAUUAAAGAGUGACGUCGCUGCAUGAACCUAUCCUAUUAAAAAUGUCCUUGCCACUUACAGAGGAGCAGAGGAAAAAGAUUGAAGAGAAUCGGCAAAAGGCUUUGGCCCGUCGAGCUGAGAAGUUGUCAGCAGAACAGCCAGAGAGCACAGCUUCAGGCUCCUCUGCCGAUGGCCCGUCCCAGUCCAGGCAGGGCUCGCUCCUGAAUCUCCUAGCAGAGCCUUCAAGGCCAGCAGGCCAUGCUGCCAUUUUCAAGCAACAGAAUCUCAAUAGUUCAUGUCCUAGUCCUCUAGAAGUCUCGAACCAACAGCCUUUGGGUUAUAAAUCCAGCGUUGGCCUUCCGCAGACAACCCAGGACACAGCAGCUUCCUCUUCUGGACCAGUUCCCACGGAUCCCGAGUUAGAGGCCACAGCAGCGAGGCCUUCCACGUCUGGGCAGAGCAUUUCAGACACUUUUUAUGCCUUAGGGGGAAAAACACCUAGGACAGAAGAGAGACCCCCAAAGGCACUACAGACCUCACCCCAAAAAGCAAGCUGUCUACGGGGAACAUGCGUGAGGACUGGGGAUCGCUUCCGGGUAAAGAUCGGCUACAACCAAGAGCUCAUUGCUGUGUUUAAGUCUCUGCCCAGCAGACACUAUGAUCCUUUUACGAAGACGUGGAACUUCAGCAUGAGUGACUACAGAGCCUUGAUGAAGGCAGUCGAGCGACUCUCCACGGUCUCCCUGCAGCCAUUGGAAGAUGUUGAUGUCAGCGUCAGGGGACAGACCAGUCUUCCCUCAGCUCCAUCCCUUACGUUUGUCUCAGGGAGAUGCAUGCUCAUCUCCCGAUCUCGCUUCGAGGUUGACAUCAGCUAUUCUGAGGUGCUGAUUUCCCUGUUUAAACAGAUGGAAUCCAGGAAUUACGAUAUCAAGACCAGGAAGUGGAACUUUCUCUUGGAAGAGCACAAUAAACUAAUUGCAAGGUCACGUGAACUCAAGCAAGUACAACUGGACCCACUGCCCAAGACAGUGACCCUGGCGUUUGCAUCUCAACUGGAGAAAACAUCUCUCAAACUGAAAGAAGACGUGCCAGAAGCUGACCUUUCCGGAGUGGAUGCCAAGCUUGUGUCUAACCUCAUGCCCUUUCAGAGGGAGGGAGUUAGCUAUGCCAUAUCAAAAAGAGGCCGGCUGCUGCUUGCCGAUGACAUGGGCCUAGGGAAGACCAUCCAAGCCAUCUGCAUAGCAGCUUUUUAUCGAAAGGAAUGGCCACUGCUGGUGGUCGUGCCUUCCUCUGUGCGCUUCACCUGGGAGCAGGCCUUUCUUCGGUGGCUUCCAUCUCUUAGCCCAGAGAAUAUCAACGUGGUGCUGACUGGGAAGGGCCGCCUAACAGCUGGUUUGGUCAACAUUGUUAGUUUUGACCUUCUUUGCAAGUUGGAGAGGCAGCUAAAAACCCCUUUCAAAGUCGUCAUUAUUGAUGAAUCACACUUCCUCAAAAACAUUAAGACUGCCCGCUGCCGAGCAGCUGUGCCUAUACUAAAGGUUGCCAAGAGGGUGAUCCUACUGUCGGGCACACCCGCCAUGUCUCGGCCUGCAGAGCUCUACACACAGAUCAUUGCUGUCAAGCCAACCUUCUUCCCUCAGUUUCAUGCCUUUGGACUUCGCUACUGUGACGCCAAGCGGCUCCCUUGGGGCUGGGACUACUCGGGCUCCUCCAACCUGGGUGAGCUGAAGCUGCUGCUGGAGGAGGUAAUCAUGCUUCGGCGGCUCAAAUCUGACGUGCUCUCCCAGCUUCCAGCCAAGCAGCGCAAGAUGGUGGUGGUCAACCCUGGUCGGAUCAGCACCAGAGCUAGGGCAGCCCUAGAUGCAGCAGCCAAAGAAAUGACCAAGGACAAAACUAAACAGCAGCAGAAAGAAGCUCUCCUUGUCUUCUUCAAUAGAACGGCAGAAGCUAAAAUCCCAUGUGUCAUUGAAUAUAUCCUGGACCUGCUCGACAGCGGACGAGAGAAGUUUCUAGUGUUUGCACACCAUAAGGUGGUUCUGGAUGCAGUUGGUAAGGAACUUGAGAGGAAGAAUGUUCAGCACAUGAGGAUUGAUGGCUCCACCCCCUCAGCAGACCGGGAGGCUAUGUGCCAGCAGUUCCAACAGUCCAAAGGGCAUACAGUGGCGGUGUUGUCCAUCACAGCUGCCAACAUGGGCCUUACCUUCUCCUCAGCUGAUCUGGUGGUGUUUGCUGAGCUGUUUUGGAACCCAGGGGUGCUGAUCCAGGCUGAGGACCGUGUGCACCGCAUUGGACAGACAAAGUCUGUAGGCAUCCACUACUUGGUGGCAAAAGGCACAGCAGAUGACUACCUUUGGCCUCUGAUUCAAGAAAAGAUUAAAGUUCUGGGGGAAGCUGGCCUUUCUGAGUCCAAUUUCUCGGAAAUGACGGAAGCUACGGACUACCUCUACAAGGACCCAAAGCAGAAGACUAUCUAUGACCUGUUCCAGCAGUCCUUUGAAGACGAUGGAAAUGACAUGGAAUUCUUAGAAGCAGCAGAGUCCUUUGAACUAGCAAGUACUUCAGGAAUCUCUGGAAAUAGUUCCCAGGAUCUGGGAGAUAUCUUAGAUGAUGAAACCACAGACAGUCCACCAAAUAAAAGGAGAUCUGAAUUAUUUGAUAAUUGGGACAGCUUUAGCUCUCCCUUUUGAAAGGGUCAAAGAAAGAAAAGAAAUGAAAGACCAUUCAAAAAUCAUGGAACUCAUUGAAAUAAAAGUAUUUUGUUCAAAA